AGGGAAUCGACAUCAGCUGAAGAGAGAAAUUUAGAUCAUCUAACGUCCGGACCUCUCGCAGAGGAGCCUCUAUCGGAAGACGAACCUAAGGAAGUACCGUUUAAGACAACCGAGAGGAAAUGUUUUGAAUGUAAUAAGGUUGGAUUUUGGAAGAAAAUAAAGAACGUAUUUCUUUUAAAUAUGUAAGAAAAUAAAUCACAUGACUGAUUUUUUACUGUGGACUAUUUUUUUUUUUAUGGAAAAAAAAACAUACAAGUAAAAACAAUGAGCUCCUUAAUAAACAAGAAUUCUUAGUGGCAUCUGAUAAAAUAUGAAACAAGAAAAUGAAAAAGAGGACAAGUGAAAUAAAAAGGCAGAUAAAAAUGAAAAGGCAAGUAGCAAUAAAAAAAAUUAAAAGUCACAGGAAAAAGGAGAUAAAAAUAGAAAAGAUGAAAAGCCAGAUAAUUAAUCUACCAAAGAGUAAGUGACGAACAAUGAUAACAUAUCUGAAGUUUGUGAAAAACUUACAGAAGAAUCUGAUCUUAGAAGAAGAAAAGAAAUCUGAGGAACCAGCAAAAGAUGCAAAUGAAAAGGAAGAAAAGACAGUAGAAUCUGCAAAAGAAUUUGCAGAAGCCAACAAUCAGGAAGAAGUAGAAACAGCAACUGAAGAAACUAAAGAAACUGUUGUGGAAAAAGAAUCAAAAGAUGAAAUGAAGAAACAAGAAAUGUCCUAAAAAGAAGAAGGGUUGAUGUAACAGGAACAGGGGUACGGCCGAUGAAAAUGGUUAUGCGUGGUGAUGAUGAAUCUGGAGAAAACGUUAAAUUAAUAUGAGCUGAAUUCGUUAGUAGAACAGGAUAAAUUCUGUUCAUUGUACAAGUGAUAUACAAAUAGCUGCUAUUUUAACAAAGCUACUUCGCCAAUUAAAAUUUGAAAACUGAAUGUAAAUAUUAGUAGUUAAUUUGUCUUUGCUUCUACUUGUAAAAAUAAAUAAAUGAAAAAACUAAGGCGUCUGCUUUAGACCACACGAUAGGAGUAAAUCAACAAGGCGAAAUUAAUAAUAUGAAAAAUAUAAAUUAUAACUCAUUAUAAAAAAGAU